CACGAUGCACAACGACAGCUCGCAUGAGGCAAUUCCCCUCAUGACCCAGGGCGAAUACGUACACGACUCCCACCAGCCCUUCAAGCUCGAGGAAGACCAGGAGGAGCUCGCGCCCGUCCGCCAUCGGUGGUCACGCUCGGCAGUAUUCCUCUCACUCGCAUGCUUCGUCACCGCCUUCAGCCUCGCAUUCAACUCAGUCACGUUUGUUCGAAGCUUCCGCAAUAACGGCGUCCCGGAGAAGCUGGAUAUAAGCAAGCUGCGGCGGCCCAGCCUCUAUCUAGGACUUGAGCGUGUGCCGGAGCUACUGCAACACGGGAGUAGUUCUAGCUCCCAGGCUGGACCCCUGAGCUCGCCGGACGUUUCCGGAGCGGGCUGGCCUACGAGAGUAGCCCGGGUGAACUCUGCGCACCCUGAUAGUGUGUUUCCCCAAGAUGGGUGGGUGCUACUCACGGAACGGGAUCAUAUGAUCAUAGAGUUCGCCACAACACCAGCUCGCGCGGGUCAGCGAUGUGCAAUACAAGCCUACUUCCCCGGUCGUCGGGAUCUGCGAGACAAGCUUCUCACCAUCGAACGCGACGAUGGUGUCGCAUCAGAGCCUGUUAUACAUUUUACGGCGCUCUCUUUUUCGCCCGUAGAUCUCACCAACCUCACUUGGAGCACACGCCCAAGUGCGGUCCGUCUCAUCGACCUACCCCUCACCUUGAAUGCUGCCGCAUUUGGCAGCAACCAGACUACUGUACUGUUCCCGUGUCCAAGCCAUACUCCUCUUAGGGUGGAAGCGAUGUGCGCUGGUGGAGGAUGCAGGCUCGAGUACGAUGCAUCAGGAAGUCUCGUCGAUGUAGAGCCGCUGCUUGGCAUACGAUUAGUCCCUGUAUAGCCCCCGGAGUGUGUAAUAGCAUGAAAACAACAGAGC